AUGGCCUGCUCUCUCCAGCGCGGAGAGCAGCUCCCACGGCUUGGCAAGGGGUCAGAUGUUGAGCAAAUUGAAACGCUGGGUUGCCAGAGCGCUGGAGAAGCUGGCUGGCAGGGCUCCCCUUCCCCGUGGGAGGCGCUGGGAUUGCAGGGCAACCGCACGCCGGCGGGCAGUUUGAGUGUUGGAGUGCACGGGCUGCCCGUUGCGGGCAGGCUCCCCGGCAGGGCCAGCACGCGUAGCCUGGCCGCUGAGCACCGCGCCGGCCCGCCACAGCAUAGAUGUUGCAGAGAUGUUAAGACAGGUCCCCUCUGCCUCCUAGGUGGGGGCUCAGCCCUGCUGCCUGCUCCCACGCCUCCAGUCCUCCUCGAGGAGAAGGAGAAGCUCACAAAGACGCUGGCUUCCAGGGGAGCUGCCAUACAGGAGCUGAACACGGUCCGCAAGGCCCUGUCCCUGCUGAAGGGCGGAGGGCUGGCCCGGCUCGCGUAUCCCGCCCAGGUGGUGAGUCUCAUCCUUUCCGAUGUGAUUGGUGACCCCCUGGACGUCAUAGCAAGCGGUCCCACUGCAGCCAGCUCCCACAGCGUCCAAGAUUGCCUUCAGAUACUGGACAAAUACAAGCUGCUGACCAGCCUGCCCAAAUCAGUGGAAACAGUACUGUCCAGCUCUCCUGCAAGCCCCGCUGCACCAGAAGACUAUUCCCACGUCUUCAACGUCAUCAUCGGGUCAAACGCUCUCGCUUUGGACGAGGCCAAACGCCAGGCAGAGGACCUGGGCUACGCGACUCUGGUCCUGAGCGCGGCAGUCUGCGGGGAAGUCAGCCGCGUGUCCGCACUCUACUGUCAGCUCAUCCAGCUGGUCUGCCUGGCCUUCGCCGGCCUCAGAGACGGGCCCCUGAGCGACGAGGUGAGGGCGAAGCUCCUGCAGCUGGCAGCGGAGCUGGAGAUCCCGGGUUUGAACCCUGCUGAGACUCUGCAGGCCCUGCGAGAAUUAGGGCCCGAUGGACCAGUUUGCAUCCUGGCCGGCGGAGAAACCACAGUCCAGCUUCAAGGAAGCGGGAAGGGAGGCAGGAACCAGGAGCUGGCUCUGCGAGUGGGGCUGGACCUGCACAGAGCGCGGGCCACGGAGGCCGGCAGCCCCCUGGGCAGCUGCGAGAUCAUCUUCCUCAGCGGGGGGACGGACGGGCAGGACGGGCCAACGGCAGCAGCGGGAGCCUUCUCCAGCCCAGAGCUGGUGGACGAGGCGUGCCAGGAGGGUCUCGACGCGGAGGUGUUCCUCAGCAAUAACGACUCCUACACAUUCUUCAGCCAGCUCCACCGCGGACAUCACCUUCUGGAGACGGGCUUAACGGGAACCAACGUCAUGGACAUCCAGGCUAUUUUAAUUAGAGCCAAGGAGAGAUCAUGAGAGCUCCCUCCGCAGAUAUCCAGAUGCAUUUAAUUAGGACCAAGGGUGAAUGAGGGCAUUAACACUGCAGACAAACAUAAACAGCUUAAAUUAGGGCUAGCUGUUGAGGGCGCUAAUAUCUUGGACAGAAAGACUCCACUAAUUAGACACGCGAGAGGAUGUCUGCAGCAAAAGCAUCAGGAACAAUCAAACGCUUUUAAUUAGGAUCAAAGAAAGGUAAGCAAAGCACCACAUUAGGGACACGGAGGCUGCAUUAACGCCUCUCUGCUAAGAGCCACCACAGCUCGGGUCUAGAGGCACAGAGAAAGCAAGGCCGUGGCGGCUGCUGCAUCUCCAGCAACCCCAGCUCGAGAGGAGCUCAUCUGGGGGCUUUUGGAGGUUCGCAGAGGUGCAUUACGGUGACCAGCGGACAUCAAAGCAGCAGCCGCCAGGGCGUCCUGGGCCACGCGCAGCCCCCGCAGCGCAGCGGCCGAGAGCCGCGCGGGAGCUCAGCUGCGUGAUGCAGCGCGUCCUCCCCGCGCUGCGUGAAGAAGGGUCCGACUCGGGUGCAACGGUGCCAAGAGCCAUCUGAAGAGGAGCCCUUCGCCACCCCUCUGCAGCCUCCUCGCCUCCGUGGGGACGUUUUCCCUGCUGACGCUUGUUGGGAGAGCCUCUGUGCCGGCAGCGCGUACACGAUGGGGCGUUCAUGGGCGCGCGUUUUCCGACUGGUCAGAAAACGAGCCUGCCUCCAGCCCGAGCCGCUGACCUUUCCUCCGCGCCGAGGCAGAAGCGGCUGUCACUCUGAUUAACUCUGCUAAUUCUGCGGAACAAAAGGCAAGGAAACCUUCCCGCUCAGCUCCCUUGACCCACGCUGCUGAGCCGAUCAAAGGGCAGAGCCGCGGGAGCCCUGCUUUGUCACCGAGCCGCUCCCCCACGCGUACGACACUGCAGCUAUCGCCGCUUCAGCGCCUACUGCAGCGCAAGACGUGGGAGAGCAAAGAUGAGCCAGGUUUCCCGGGGACGUGCAGCCCACGGCGGGGCCACGUUUCGGAAGGGCAUAUACCUGUAGCAACACGCAUGGCAACAGUUUUGGCUAGAUAUUCAAAGGACUUAAGCUCAGCAGCCAGCGUGACCCAACGCAUUCGAUUCCUUUUGCAAAUCUGCCUGUUUGUUGGAGAGCCUAAGCGGGAACGGAGCUCUCUUGAAAAAAAUCCAGCCCUAAUUUAAUAGGAUACGCUUGGCUCAGACUGUUUCCAGACAGACAGAACUACUCCAUGUGACCGAUCUAAUCUCGUGACACAAAUACACCAUCCUGCCAAGGCCGCGAGUAGCGGUGUGGCUGGGUGGUUGUGCUGCGGGCAGCUCGAGGAGGGGUAGGAGGGUGGGUUUUUGAGGAGGAUGCAACACCUCCUGCUUUGGUUUUUAAGCUGGUGUCUAACAAGCAGGGCUAGCAGCAGGGCUGCCACGGGGGCAGCUCCUUGCCCUGGGUAUCGGGGGCCGGCCGGCU